AUGAAAGUCAGAGGCCUCGUCGCUGCACUCAACAGCAAUGGCAAGUUCAAAUACAAGGCAGGCCUCCUUCGAUUUGAGCAGAGCCCAGAUUUCGAAGUUGAUAACCUUGUAAUCGGAGGUGGUGUCGUUGGGCUGGCCAUCGCCCGGCAGCUUGUCCGGAGGUUUCCAUCCAGUUCGACUUUCUUGGUGGAACGUCACGGCAGAGCGGGUGAAGAGACAAGUUCACGCAAUUCCGAAGUAAUUCAUGCAGGACUGUACUACCCUGCAGACUCGCUGAAGACCAGGCUGUGUCUACGUGGCAGGCAUCUCAUGUAUGCCUAUUGUCAGCAACAUAACAUUCCUCACAAGAAAGUAGGCAAGCUAGUAGUCGCGAAGGACUCGCAGCGUUCCUACAUUGAGGGCCUACACACGAAGGCCCAGAAAUUAGGCUGGCCGGCACAUUCACCGCUCCAUCUCAGUCGUACCCCAGUCUUGCCCACCGAGCUGAUGAGCGGCGAUUGGGCGCGCGAGCUAGAGCCAGAUCUGUCUAAAGACAUUAUCGCUGCACUUUGGAGCCCGGAGACGGGGAUUGUCGAUUCGCAUUCGCUCAUGGAGAACCUGGAGAAGGAUAUUAACGAGUCUGAUGGAGGGGAGCUCGCCUUUCAAACUCGGGUUGUCCGGGUUGAUCCCCACGAGCGUGGUUGGGUUGUGCAGACCGUAACAGACGAAGAAGAGGAGAGCGAUGCAGUGAUCGCUAGAACAUUGAUCAACUGUGCAGGGCUCUCGGCCAAUCUGAUUCUGAACGCUCUUCUCCCUGAAGAACGUCGCAUACCAAUGUACUACGGUCGCGGCUCGUAUGCAUCUUAUCAUGGACCAGGCGUAGAGAACGUCUCUCACCUGAUAUACCCAUGCCCAGAUACGGGACGCACUGCCCAUGGAUUCCAGUCAUUGGGCACACACCUUACCCUCGACUUGCAAGGCAAAAUUAGGUUCGGACCGGACCUCGACUGGCUCAACCCACCGUCUGCUAGCGACAGAGAACUCGUUGACGAUGCUGACCCGGACUUCUGGCAGAGGCAUCUCAUUCCAGACGAAACGAGGUUGCAGCUGAUGCACCAUGCUGUUCUCGACUACCUACCCGGGAUCAAGCUGGAGCGUCUGGAUCCGGACUAUUGCGGAGUCAGGCCCAAACUUGCUGGGCCACAAGGGGGCUUUAGGGACUUCGAGUUCCAAACUCACUAUCCGGAGACAUUCAUGGGAGGGAAUAAGGGUUCGGGUUCUGUCAAACGACCGAUGAUCACUUUACUUGGAAUCGAGAGCCCCGGGUUGACAUCAAGUCUUGCUAUCGCAGAAAACGUUGUAGACGAUAUGCUAGGCGGAGGCAAAAAUCACGCAGUGGAAUGA